CCUCCAUUUUUUGUCUCUCACUUGGCCUUCCCAGAGUGAUUCCUCGGUCCCUCACGUUUUUUCUUUUUCUUGACUGAGAGAGGGAGGGAAACUGUGCAGUGACCAUGAGAGAAAUCUUGCACGUUCAGGGAGGCCAGUGCGGCAACCAAAUCGGAUCGAAAUUCUGGGAGGUGAUCUGCGAUGAGCAUGGCGUGGAUCCGACUGGUAGGUUUAAUGGCGAUGAGGCAUCCGCCGACACGCAGCUGGAGCGAAUCAAUGUGUAUUUCAAUGAGGCAUCCGGCGGAAGGUACGUGCCACGCGCUGUGCUCAUGGAUCUGGAGCCGGGGACUAUGGAUGCUAUCAGAUCCGGUCCGUACGGGCAGAUCUUCCGCCCAGACAAUUUUGUUUUCGGGCAGUCAGGCGCGGGGAACAAUUGGGCGAAGGGGCAUUAUACAGAGGGUGCGGAGUUGAUUGAUGCGGUGCUCGAUGUUGUGAGAAAGGAAGCUGAAAACUGCGAUUGCUUACAAGGAUUUCAAGUAUGCCACUCUCUGGGAGGAGGCACUGGUUCCGGCAUGGGUACCCUCUUGAUCUCAAAGAUCAGAGAGGAAUAUCCCGACAGAAUGAUGCUUACCUUCUCCGUUUUCCCUUCCCCAAAGGUCUCCGACACUGUUGUCGAGCCCUACAACGCCACGCUCUCAGUGCACCAAUUGGUCGAGAACGCCGAUGAAUGCAUGGUCCUCGACAACGAAGCACUCUACGACAUCUGUUUCAGGACUCUGAAGCUCAGCACUCCAAGCUUUGGCGACUUGAAUCACUUAAUUUCCGCGACAAUGAGCGGCGUGACCUGCUGCCUCCGAUUCCCCGGCCAGCUGAACUCCGAUCUCCGGAAGCUAGCCGUGAACCUAAUCCCAUUCCCGCGUCUCCAUUUCUUCAUGGUUGGAUUCGCCCCUCUCACCUCCCGCGGAUCCCAACAUUACAUCUCUCUCACAGUCCCGGAGCUGACGCAACAAAUGUGGGACGCCAAGAACAUGAUGUGCGCCGCAGAUCCGCGCCACGGACGCUACCUGACAGCCUCGGCCAUGUUCCGUGGGAAAAUGAGCACGAAAGAGGUGGACGAGCAAAUGCUGAACGUGCAGAACAAGAACUCGUCCUACUUUGUGGAGUGGAUCCCGAACAAUGUGAAGUCGAGCGUGUGCGACAUCCCUCCUAGAGGGCUGAAAAUGGCGUCGACGUUCGUGGGGAACUCGACGUCAAUCCAGGAAAUGUUCCGGCGAGUGAGCGAGCAGUUCACGGCCAUGUUCCGGCGAAAGGCGUUCUUGCAUUGGUACACGGGAGAAGGUAUGGAUGAGAUGGAGUUUACGGAAGCGGAGAGUAAUAUGAACGAUUUGGUUGCAGAGUAUCAGCAAUAUCAGGACGCCACCGCCGACGAGGACGAGGAGGAGUACGAGAACGAAGAAGGCGCGGAGCAGGAAUACGAUGCCUAAGACAUGAGUGAGUAUCUCUCUCGACUGGUCUGUUUUUUUUAAGUAUAUGAAAUUGAAAUUGGUGUUUUCCAUUGGCUUUAUGCGUCGUUUUCUGUAUUGGCUCUCGUCUUUUCUUCUUCUUCUUCUUCUUCCUUUGGAAAGGACCUUUAUCGUUUUCUGGCUUUGGUUUGUGGGAAUGCUUAUGUUGGGGGUGGUUGGAUUUAUAUAUAUAUCGACAGCUGGCUGAUGGUUCUUGUCUAUA